UUUACCAUAUACUAAAGGAGACUUACUGUUCAUUUUACUGUUCAUUUAACAGUAAAAGGUCGUUUCUGCCCUUGGCUUUUUCUCACAAUUUCACGCUGCCAUUGACUGAGCGAUUUCUGUUCGGUGUUCAUCUUGAGCCGAGGUCAUCAUCAGCGUGGUGCUUCAAUCGAUUAUUUCCCAAGUUUGAGACUUUGUGCAUGUAUAGUUUGGCUCUGUCUCAAUUGGUGCUUGGAUAUGGUGUGAGGCUAGCCAAGGAUUCCUUUGUCCCUCAAGGAAGAGCGAGUAGAAAGAAAGCCAUCCUUGACAGCCGCAGAAAGAAAGAGAAAGAGAUAAAGAAAGGGAUAUUCAAGAAGCUAAAACUGGGUUGCUCAAAGUCAAGAUUUUUGGUAUGGCAGAGAAGGAGAUGGACUAUAGGGUUGAGUUGUUCAACAAUUUAUUUGGGUGUUAUAUCGAAUCAUGAUGUAGGUGAUUAUGACAAAGAAGACAAAGUGGCUAGAGCUUAUGACUUAGCAGCAUUGAAAUAUUGGGGCACCACAACCACUUCCAACUUCCCGAUCAGUAGCUGUAACGAAGAGAUUGAUGAAAUGAAGUCCAUGACAAGACAGGAGUAUGUUGCAUCUUUGAGGAGAAGGGAAACCCCUCAUGAUUCUUAUUAUUUUGGACAAUCAUAUACAUCAGUUCCAAGGGAAGUAGUGCAAGGGAGCAGGGACGGUACUGGGUCAGUGCAUCUGUGCUUAAAGGAAAGAACCUUUUUGGUGUCUGAAGGAAUUAGGAUUUGGGUGAAUUGCUAUUGUGGUCAUAAGAAACAGAAAGGAGAAUGGUGGUUCGCAUGCAAAUAUAAAGGAAUGAGACGGAAGUAUCAACGAGAGCUUUGAUCUAGAUUCUGCCGUCAUAGAGAAACAUUGAGGAAACGAGGAAAGAAACUUAAAAUAUCAUGUUAGGCGCUGGAAAUUGAGUUAGCCCACAAAGAAUAGGGUUUUUGGAGUUGAACUGGGUUGGGUUGUGUUCUCCCUGUUUUGGCGGCCGAAUUGAAUUCAUAUCUACCUUCAAGUUCAAACUGAAAGAGCCAAGCAGGACAGAUUUUCACCAAUAUUCCAUUUUGGUACUAUUGUCUCCACUCUUGACUAAACAACCAAGAGCAAGUUUGUUGUGGCUCUCCCCCUGCUAAGGUCGCUGAGACUCUUUUCAAGUACUUUCCAGCUGAGAAAAUGAUACCAAGUUCUUCUUCUCUGAAGAUGUCUCUGUUUUUGAGCAACUCUCAAGGCCGUAUCAAAGCAAACCAUAGAAAUUGAUGUAGCUCAGGUUUGCACUUGCUACUACACUACUACACGCGUAAAUGAAGUAGUGCUGCAUUUGAGUGUUGCAGAUGUAAAUCCACUGUUUUAUUAACCAAAAUGGAUCAACACCCACCCCUGCUAGGGCAGCCAUUUUUUGUAAUGAAUGUAGAUGAAUAUUUUCAUUAGUGGCAGUAUCUUGCCAUUUUAUUUAUCAAUGAUAUUCGGGUGUAAUUUCAUUAGCUUCAUGAUGACAGAACUGUAUCUUUUACUGAGAAAAUGUGGUAAUUUUUGGUUAUGUAAGUUAUAUAUAUCUUGAAUGUGAUGUAGAUUA